UUCCGGCGGAGCGGGUCCUAAGCUUUCCCGGGAGCGCAGCCUCACCUCGAACCCCGAAGGCGCUGUGUGAAGUGGGGACCCCAGCCAUGCUCCAGAUCAUGUGGCGCCAGGAGCCAGUGACCUUUGAGGACGUGGCUGUGUACUUCACCCAGAAUGAAUGGGUUAUCCUAGACCCUUCACAGAGGGCCCUGUACCGAGAGGUGAUGCUGGAGAAUUAUGCAAAUGUGGCUUCCCUGGCUUUUCUAUUCACCAGACCUGUUCUGGUCUCCCAGCUAGAGCGAGGGGAGCUGCCAUGGGGCCUGGAACCCUGGGAGCCUGCGGGCAGGGAAGCUCUCAGAGGCAUCUGUCCAGGAGGUGAGGCCAGAGCUGAGAAGGAAGAAUCAACUCCAAAGGAACACAUUUCUAAAGAAAUGGAGUCCCACAGACUGACAUUAGGAGGGCUGCCAGGGAACGUUCCCCAGUGCCUGGACUUUGGGAGCAGCCUAGAGCAACAGCAUGGUCACUGGAUAGCUAAGAAGACCAUGUCAAAGAGGAGAGAUUUCACAGCUGGGCCAACCAGUCAUCGUGACGACUGCACUGUCGGGAGUGGGGAGCACUGUGAGAAAUCUGGGGAAAAUAUUAAUGUUAGCACACAACUCAUGGAUCAGACAGUUCCUAGUGGUCAGAUAUCAUAUGAAUGUAGAAAAUGUGGCAGAUACUUUAGUCGAAUGGCAGAUUUUCAGGGAUGUCACCCUGGUGAAAGGUCUUUCAAAUGCAAAGAAUGUGGAAAAGCCUUCAGAUACAACUCAUUACUUAUUCGGCAUCAGGUAAUUCACACUGGAAAGAAACCAUUUAAAUGUAAAGAAUGUGGAAAAGGUUUAAGUUCAGACACGGCCUUGAUUCAGCAUCAGAGAAUCCACACUGGAGAGAAGCCCUAUGAAUGUAAGGAGUGCGGCAAGGCCUUCAUUAGCAGUUCUGUUUUCCUCCAGCACCAGAGGUUCCACACUGGGGAGAAACUCUAUGAAUGUAAUGAAUGUUGGAAGACUUUCAGUUGUAGCUCAAGCUUUAUCGUCCAUCAGCGAGUGCACACUGGGGAGAAACACUACGAAUGUAAAGAGUGCGGGAAACGGCUAAGCUCCCCCACAGCCUUGACUCAGCAUCAGCGCAUUCACACAGGGGAGAAACCUUUUGAAUGUAAGGAGUGUGGGAAGGCCUUUAGUCAGAAAAUCACCCUGGUCCAGCACGAGCGAGUUCACACCGGUGAGAAACCGUACGAGUGUGAGGUGUGUGGGAAAACCUUCAGCUGGUGUGGACGAUUUACUCUGCAUCGGAAACUACACACACAGAAGAUACCUUUCUACGAAUGUAAAGAAUGUGGGAAAAUCUUCAGAUAUAACUCAAAGCUGCUUCGGCACCAGAUGAGUCACACUGGGGAGAAGCCCUUCAAAUGUAAGGAGUGUGGUAAAGCUUUUAAGUCCAGCUAUGACUGCAUCGUACACGAGAAGAACCACAUUGGAGAAGGGCCCUACGAAUGUAAGGAGUGUGGCAAAGGUUUGAGUUCUAACACGGCCUUGACUCAGCACCAGAGGAUCCACACUGGAGAGAAGCCGUACGAAUGUAAGGAGUGUGGGAAGGCCUUCCGAAGGAGCGCAGCCUAUCUUCAGCAUCAGAGACUGCACACGGGAGAGAAGCUCUAUAAAUGCAAGGAAUGUUGGAAAGCUUUUGGGUGUAGGUCACUUUUUAUUGUCCAUCAGAGGAUUCAUACAGGGGAGAAGCCCUACCAGUGCAAGGAGUGUGGCAAAGCUUUUACUCAGAAGAUAGCUUCCAUCCAGCAUCAGAGAGUGCACACCGGCGAGAAGCCCUAUGAGUGCAAGGUGUGUGGGAAAGCAUUCAAAUGGUAUGGCAGCUUUGUUCAGCACCAGAAAUUGCACCCUGUGGAAAAGAAGCCCGCCAAGGUUCUUGGGCCAUCCCUGAUGAGUCCCCCGUGCGCCUCUUCAGCCUUCUCUGCCAUUCCUGUCCAGGGCCCAUGCUCUGCUGCCACAGUGGCCGUGCCUUCACUGACCUUUCCACAUGCUGUGCUCAUUCCUACCUCCGGGCCUUUGUUUAUGCUGCUGCCUGCACCUGGAAUGCCUUCUUCACCUGUCCAAAUAGUGCGUGUCUUCCAGGGCCUUCCUUCCACUGUGAAGCCAUUGCCGGUUAUUCUGGCCCCUUCCCCUCACACCUCAUGAACUUUAUCUCAGCACUCUUCUGGCUCUUUGGCCCAGCGGACCUUCAGCUUCACUUGAGUUUCAUUUGUAUAUGUGUUUUUGUUUUUGUUUUUGUUUUACUUUACAUGCAUUACAAUUGUUUCAGCAUAAACUCCAUUAUAAUCUAUAUUAUAUGGGAAGACUGUGUUUCUGUAUUUUCUAUCAGGUAGAAAGUGAAACUACCUGACUUUUGCACUGGUCUCUUUCAGGCUUGAACAGUAAUGGCUGUAUCUGCCCUGUGGGGGCGGGGGUGUUGGAAGUGCUGGCAGGACACCUGGUUGCAUUCGAGUGUCUGGGAGUGAGGCCGCCCCUGUGCUGGGCCAUUAUGGUUAGAGCCAAGUGGCUUGGGGGAAGCAGAUGAGGGCGCAGGAACUGAGGGCGGAUGGGGGGGAGCGGGGAAGCACUGAAAUCCCCUUCCAGCCACAGACUCAGAAAUUAAUGCAGCUUGUUCAGUGGGCUAAGGCGGUCGGUCCAUCAACACAAAGGAAGUCAUGUUGCCCUUGGCAUGGAUCACUGGGGAUCUCCUAUGUCUAUGCAAAAGAUCAUGUGAAAUAACCAAUGAAAACCUAAUGUGUGCAGUGAUCACAGUCAUUUAUGUGAUUGAUAGCAAUCAUGUCUGUAAACACAAAGUGUGUUUUGUGGUUUUUUUCUUUAGUUUUGCCCUUGGUGUCUAGAUAGUUCUCUUUAACUUUGGUUUCCUAAGUAAAUACACACCAAAGUA